CCAUUAAAGCCCACUGAAGAAGAAUAAAUCGAAUCUGGUCAUUGCAAAUCUUUUCCCGCAUGUGAGAUAAUUUACUUGUUCUCUGUAAUAUCGUAUAGAUUUGGAAUCGGGACAUUAUUUACUGCGGAGGAAAAUAUGCAGGUUUCUCGACUCAUUCCCUGACUAUGAGAAAGGCUUGAGUGACGAUUCGUUUAGCAACCUUGUGACCCAGCAUGACACCGUGAACAAGAUUGGUCGACCGUCUGCUGGGAUAUCAUUUAUAUAACAAGUUGUCUGAUAAAGGAGCAAUAGCUUCCUCAAUGGAUCCGGACAAAGCUAUUCCGUUCCCCUCCACCCUCCCGGAGUCCCCAGGUCAAACGUCUCCCGGGACCGCUUUACUGCUGGGUCUGGUUGACUGCAGGAAAACACCAGGGCAGAGAGGAGAAGAAGAAGAGAAGGAAGAUGGAGAUUUGAUUUCAUUAAGGGACAGCCCUGACCGUUGCUCUCUCAGCGGGAGAGGCUUGUCAUCUGGGGAGCCUCGACAACAUCGUGAUGCUGACAAGACAGAGAAGAGUCUCUCCAGAUCAGGACGUUUCAAUAAACACCGGCAUAGAGGUAUAGGGAAGAAACCUCACCACUGCUGCUUUGACUGGGGGAAGAGUUUUGCUAAACAGAGGGAAUUGAUCAUUUACCAGCAGUGUAACACUGGAGAGAAACCGUACCACUGCUCUCAGUGCGGGAAGAGUUUAGCUGCAUCUAAAACCUUAAAAUCAGAGAAUUCAUACAGGGAGAGGCCUUACCCCUGCUUUGAUUGUGGGAUGACCUUCAGUCAAUCAAGGGCCCUGACAACACACCAACGCAUACACACAGGAGAGAAGCCUUACAGCUGUGAUCAGUGUGGGAAGAGCUUCAGGAACUCAGGACACUUGACUAGACACAAACACAUACACACAGGAGAGAAGCCUUACAGCUGUGAUCAGUGUGGGAAGAGCUUCCGGAAGUCAGGACACCUGACUAGACACCAACGCAUACACACAGGAGAGAAGCCUUACAGCUGUGAUCAGUGUGGAAAGAGCUUCAAUCAAUCAGGAGAUCUGACAACACACCAACGCAUACACACAGGAGAGAAGCCUUAUAGCUGUGAUCAGUGUGGGAAGAGCUUCAAGAACUCAGGACACCUGACUAGUCACAAACGCAUACACACAGGAGAGAAGCCUUAUAGCUGUGAAGAGUGUGGGAAGAGCUUUUCACUGUCCGGAACUCUGACUACACACAAACGCAUACACACAGGAGAGAAGCCUUAUAGCUGUGAUCAGUGUGGGAAGAGCUUCAAUCAUUCAGGAUCCCUGAUUACACAUCAAUACAUACACACAGGAGAGAAGCCUUAUAGCUGUGAUCAGUGUGGGAAGAGCUUCAAUCAUUCAGGAAAUCUGACUUCACACCAACGCAUACAUACAGGAGAGAAGCCUUAUAUCUGUAUUCAGUGUGGGAAGAGCUUCAGGAAGUCAGGACACCUGACUGAACACCAGUGCAAACACACAGGAGAGACAUAUUAUAGCUGUGAUCAGUGUGGGAAGAGCUUCAAUCAAUUAGGAGACCUGACUAAACACCAACGCAUACACACAGGAGAGAAGCCUUAUAGCUGUGAUCAGUGUGGGAAGAGCUUCAAUCAUUCAGGAUCCCUGGUUACACACCAACGUAUACACACAGGAGAGAAGCCUUAUAGCUGUGAUCAGUGUGGGAAGAGCUUCAAUCAAUCAGGAGACCUGACUACACACCAACGCAUACACACAGGAGAGAAGCCUUAUAGCUGUUAUCAUUGUGGGAAGAGCUUCAGUAACUCAGGACACCUGACUGCACACCAGCGCACACACACAGGAGAGAAGCCUUAUAGCUGUGAUCAGUGUGGGAAGAGCUUCAAUCAAUCAGGAGUCCUGACUAAACACCAACGCAUACACACAGGAGAGAAGCCUUAUAGCUGUGAUCAGUGUGGGAAGAGCUUCAAUCAAUCAGGAUACCUAACUAUACACCAACGAAUACACACAGGAGAGAAGCCUUAUAGCUGUGAUCAGUGUGGGAAGGGUUUUGCUCAAGAUUCCACCCUGACUGCACACCAACGCAUACACACAGGUGAGAAGCCUUAUAGCUGUGAUCAGUGUGGGAAGAGCUUCAAUCAAUCAGGAUCCCUAACUAUACACCAACGCAUACACACUGGAGAGAGACCUUAUAGCUGUGAUCAGUGUGGGAAGAGUUUUGCUCAAGAUUUCAAUCUGACACCACACCAGCGAAUACACACUGGAGAGAAACCUUACUCCUGUCUAUGUGGAAAGAGCUUUGCUCAUUCAGGGUCACUGAAAAAACACCAGAAAUCACAAACAUGUUUUCUUUCAUCUCCCUCCUCUCCGGCACCGGUUCCAGAUCCCUAAAUACAGUUUCAAUAGAAAACAUCUUGUAUAGAGUCAUCCAUUUCCCAUUCUCUAACUAAGUCUGAUUACCAUGGUAACAUGUGUCGCAUAAUAUGCAGCUCUGGAUCCAUAUGUAUCAA